AGCAUGCGCCGUGCGCGGCGGGAGACAGCGGGGCGCAUGCGCGGCGGCGGGUGGCGGAGCUGACAGGGAGCGAGGGGGCUCAGGUGCGCGCCCGGAUGGCGGCGUCCGGGUCGAGGAAGCCGAGCUCCCCGCGGGACUCGGAGUCGGAGGUCUGGUCCCGCCGGGUGAGGGAGCUCGUCAGCUCCGAGCCGGCCAGCCGGCUCUGCUUCGAGUGCGGCCAGCGAGGCGUCACCUACGUGGACAUCACCAUCGGCAGCUACGUCUGCACCACCUGCUCGGGGGCGCUCCGUGGCCUGAACCCUCCUCACCGGGUCAAGUCGAUCUCCAUGACGACCUUCACGGAGAGCGAGGUGCAGUACCUCCAGACCCGUGGGAACGAGGCCUGUCGGAAGAUCUGGUUGGGCACCUUUGACUCGCGGACGUCUCUGCUGCCAGAUUCCCACGACCCUCAGAAAGUGAAGGAGUUUCUGCAGGAGAAAUAUGAGAAGAAGCGAUGGUACAUCUCCCCGGAGCAAGCCAAAAGUCUGCCCUCGCUGACAUCCCAAAGUUCCACGGUGGAAGUGAAGACGCUGCUUGGAGACUCGGGGGCGAUGUCUACAGCAGCCAAGCCUAGCCAGAUUGCAGAGAGGAGCCAGCCACAGAGCGCCCAGCCAGCCAAGAAAGCCAGUAUGGACCUCUUGGCUGACAUCGGGGGAGACCCCUUUGCUGCCCCGCAGCCUGGACCUGCCUUCACAGCCUUCCCUGCUUUUGGGAGCCAGGGGCCAGCCCAGGCCGCCUUCACCAGUUUCGAUGCCUUUGGAGGAAGUCCUGCCGGAGUGACCUUUGGGGACGCGUUAGCCGCCAGCCACAGCCCCUUCCAGAGCCAGCCCAUGGCAGCGGGUAACAUGCCCCAUGGAACCCACAUGGGCGGUUUCCCCGCCUCCCCUGCCAGCCAACCAGGAGUGGGCAUUCCAGACAUGGGUGGAGCCUUCAGAGUGGGUGGAGUCCCAAGCAGUGUCUUUGGGGCCCUGAGCCAGUCGCCUGUCCUGCCCCCGCCCAGCCCAGCCACGGCCUACGGGGCUUGCACCAAUCCUUUCGCCACCUCUGCCGUUGCUCAGCCCACGCUGCCUUCCACCAAUCCCUUCCAGACCAACGGCAUGGGCCCAGGCGCCUUCGUGGUGGGGUCGCCCAGCAGCUUCUCCACCUCCCCACUCUCCAGCGUCUUCGCCUCCCCACUGCAGCACCAGCAGCCGCCUCUGUUCCAGACCCAAGGAAUGCUGAGUCAACAGCAAAAUGGUGGGUCCCCGUUCAGUGGAUUUUCCGUUGCCAAAGCUGGGCAGCCUGUUGGGAUCUCCACCAACCCUUUUGUGACCCCGAUGGCCUCCUCGCCUGCUGGCCCUUUCUCCCUGGCGAAACACCCCCCCACCAACCCUUUCUUAUAGCGCUGGCUAGACGACAGACCGCCGGAGACCCUCGACUCGCCUCGAGAGAGAGUGUGUGUGUGUGUGUGUCAUAUAGGAGAGAGCGUCUCUGCCACUUGAGCACUUUACUCUUCCUGCCCCCUGGACUGGGGGUGGGCGCUUAAGUGCUUUUCAGAAGGUGGGGGGGGACGACAUGGGGGGGACGUAUGGCCUCUCCCUCCAGAAAGGAGUGCAUGAUGCGACUUGCCAGGGAGCUGGGUUAGCUCGCUGGAAACCAGGGCAGUGAUGCAUGCUGGGGAGAAGAUUGGGGAGGGGGCGGUAAGCAGUUCUGAGCGAUCCUGAGGAAGCUCAGUACCUAGAGGUGGAUGUGCAUGCUGGGUAAACAGGAAGUCCAGGAGCCCCUCUGAGUCAACUCUCUGCUUCCUCCUUGGCCACCCCUCCCACCAGCUUCCCAACAGCCCUGGGAUUGACCAGCCUUCAUCCCCCUUCCAAGUCUCUCUGGCCUCUUCCGGGCUCCCUUGCCAGCCUCCAUGGGGAGGCUUCUUGGCCCCUUCUCCUCUAGGGCAAAGGUGCCCCAUAGGCAGACAGGAAGGCUUCCUGCAUCCAUUCCUCUUCUGCUGUCCCCGUCCUGCCUCUUCUUCUCAUCAUUUUAUUGCACUAGACGAGGCGGCAGGGAGAUGCGCUCAGGGUCGCCUAGAAACACGCCUGCCUGCUUGUGAGCAGACGAAGGGGCGCUGGAGCAACGGAGGCUCCAGGUGGCAAUGCUGGAGCCCCAGAAUCAAGUCCAGACGCUAGUCCCUCCUCGGAGGAAAGACAGAGGCAGUGGGUAUGGUCUGGGGCCCUUUUCGAACAGGUCUGGGCCUCUCCUCCCCCCCCCCAGGCUUGGGGGUCUGUGCUGUCGUGCAAAACCCAAAGUUUGACUUUGCAGCCAGUCCUUGUUUGGGUCCCCCACUGCCGGCUGUGUGCUCUGCCAACGGGUAUUGCCUUGUUGGGUGGGGGGAGCCUUCUGGGAGAGCCUUGGCAAGGGUCUCUGAGCAGCCCCCCCCCAAAAAAAAAUCUCUUGAGAAGUGCAGGGGGCAGAAGGGAGAGCUCUCUUUUCCUCUCCCAGCUGACGUGCGCUCAGAGUUGUCUCUCUGCCAAAAAAGAUGCCCUGAGCCACAGAACCCUCAGACGCUUCCUGCCCUAGGGGAACCCCAGAAAUCUGCCCUUCUAGCCCCCCCCCCCCGGAGGUCUUCCACCAGCCUCACCUGGUCAGACAGUGCCUGUAGAGUCCCAACAUUUCAAAAGUGGGGUUUUAUGCAUAUUUCAAAAGCAAGUCCCUACUCCCUACCCCUCCUUUUUUGUGGUCUCAGGAAAUCUGACCAAAGCGUUAAGUUUCCGUAAUUCUGUUUGGCUGAAUGCAGAAAUGGGUUGGGGAAUGUGCUUGCUGGAUCUCAGUACCUGGGAGCAGGGAAAACUAUGGCUUUGCUAAGCGAAUGGCGGCAGCUCUCGUUGUGCUUCCUUAAGUGUGCUGUAGCUCUUUUACUUCUUCGCACCCAAUGCCCGGCUCCCCCCUCCGCUCUUCCUCCUCCUCCCUCACACUUUCAACCCAAGGCUCCAUCAAAGGCCACAAUCCCUCCCCCCACCCCCUCCACGCACAAGUAUUCUACCUAUCCCGGGCUCCCUAUGCCAGCCGGGGCUUUUUCCUUUCUUUGGAGUAACCCUUAAAUUGCCCCUCCUGGGAACAGAACGGAUGUAUUACCCCACACCCCCUUAAGGAAGACUGGAGUUUAUAUUUUCAACAGAAGUAUGGACUACGUUUUUAAAAGAUAUAUAUCUAUAUAUACUCACGAAAUAUAUAAUAAGCGCAGAACUUGUUGCACUCAAAAUGUCUAUAGAUAUCUAUAUGGGGAAGGGGGGGAAAUCUAUUUGAAAAAACAAACACUCUGGUCCCGAGUCUUCUUUCGGCAAACUCUGGGGUUGCGGGCCUGGAAGCAAUUGGAUCAGGGCCUCUAGAUUCGUGGCCUCUGAAUCCCGAAGAAGCCUUGCCAAGAGAUCGGAGCGUCUCAGCCUCCAAAGGCAUUCCCAACAAGCAAGCGAGCCUUAAAUCUAAGGCCUUUGCUCAGAGGUGGAGUGUUUGCCUUGCACCUCCAGGAAGGGUUGAGAGAGGCUCCUGGCCUCAAAUCCUGGAGAGCUGUUGCUGCCAGUCAGAGCCAGUGGCAGUGUUAGAAACUCAGAUAUAUUAUAAGCACAUUGCCAAACGGCACCUUAAAUCUGGGUUAUGUUCACCACAACGGCACCACUUUUUCUCCCCUGUUGAACUUUAUUAUAAUUGCUAAUAUUAUUUUCAUUUCUCUUACCGCUUUAUAUUUUGAGAGUCUCAAAGCAGUUAAAACGUCAGUCCAGUUCAAGCUUCAAGGGAAACAUUUCAGAUCCUUCUCUAAAUGGCAUUUUGCUUUCCCCCAUAUUCAUUUACCGGCUUAAUUGAUAGAGCUGCCCCAUAGCAGGAGAACUCUAGGAAGGCAAUGUGGUGUAGUGGUUAGAGCAGAGUUUCCCAAACUUCGGGUCUCCGGCUGUUUUGGGAUUACAGCUCCCAUCAUCCCUGAUCGCUGGUCCUGCUAGCUAGGGGAGGAUGGGAGUUGUAGUCCAAAAACAGAUGGAGACCCAGCUUGGGGAAACACUGGGUUGGAGUGUCAGACCAGGACCUGGGAGUUCAGGGUUCAAAUCCCCACUCAGUCUUGAAGCUCCCUGGUUGACCUUGGAGUCAGUUGCGGCCUCUUCACCUCCCUCGAAGGGUUAUUGUAGGGAUGAACUGAGGAGGGGGGGUGGACUCCUUGGAGAAAAAGGAGGGAUUUAAAUGCAAUGAACCAGCUCUUCUGCCAACCUGCUUAAAGCAAGGUGGGGCCAGGCAGAUUAAGAUGUCCGUCACCAGCCUGGCAUCCAGAGAUCUCCACGAUCGCAAUCGGGGCAUCACUACAAGCUGGGGGUCUGAACCUGUUUAAACUGGGACCUCAUGGGUGCAUAGAAACCGCAAAAGACAACCUCUUUCCUGCCUAAGGCAGGCUUUGCAUCAUGGAGUGUGGGGGAAAUCUGGCGCGGGGGCAAAUGUUGCCUUUUGGGGUGCACCUCCCCAGGCUCCCACCCCUUGCUGACCUUGCCCUCCGCUUGGGCGCUUUCGGCUCAUCUGCAUGAAUUGGAAUUUUCAGAGCCAGAAGGGACCCCUAGGGGUCAUCCAGUCCGACCCCCUGCAAUGCAGAACAGAAGGGGGGUGGGUGGAGGAACCCCUCAAAGGUUUGCACUGCUGGCACUCCUCCUAUUGGUGCAGAAAAGGGAGAUUGACAAUGGUUGACCCGCUCUGGACACUCGCUGCCACCACGCGGCCAUUGGCAGGUUGCCAACGCGGCCCUCGGACAGGAAGCCUGCUCUGGCAGAGUCAGCUUUACCAGACGCUGAUGGAUUCAGGAAUCACUUUAGAAAGGAGAGAGAGAGAGAGAGGGCAGCUUUAUUGAGAUGGUGGGUGGGGGGCCAGCGCAUGCGUUUGAAGCCCUCCUGGCUGAUGGCUCCUUUGGGUGGUGGGUGGUGGUCUUCCUCCAGGGGGUCACCCCUUCCGUCGCUGCCCUAGUUCAAAGGGACGGCGGAGAGGGCCAACCCAGCAAGUAUCCCAGAGACGUGGCCGGUGAGAGAACUCCUGGAGGGUGGAGAAGGGAAAGAGGGGACGCAUAACCUCAAAGAUAGAUUACUGCAACACAGGAUACGUGGGGCUGCCCCGGAGGCUGUUCAGAAACACCCACCUGGGGCAGAAUUUGGAAGCCAGGUUUCUCACUGGGGCAAUGCAGCUUGAACGUAUACUACCGAAUCCUGGCCUGGCCGUCACAUGGAAGGCAGAGCAAGCUUGUUUUCCACUGCUCUGGAGGGUAAGACUCGAACUCAUGGCAUCGCACUUCAUUAAAGGAGAUUUUGACUAAACGCCAGGAAGAACCUUCUGAUAGAGCCGUUCAGAAGCGGAACAGACACCCACAAGAGGUGGUGGACUCUCCUUCCUUGGAGGCAUUUAAGCAAAAGGUGGUGUGUCCACCUGCCAUGUGUGAUCUAGCUGACACUCCUGCUUUGCGGGGGGUUGGGCUAGAUGACCCCAGGGGAUCCCUUCCGACUCUACAGUUCUAUGAGAAUGAGGCUGUGCCCCGGGCCCCUGCCCCACCUGCACUAAGCCUAGCUCCGCUGCCCUGGGGGUCUGUCCAGUCGCCAGCUGGUGGUUCCCUCAGUUAUUCAGCAUCUCGAUGUUUGCCCCAGGCUGCAAAAAGUAAUGUGCUAGCCUUGCACCUGCAGGAGAAGACACACACACACUAUGACUCAGCCUCUCCUUCCUGUGACUCACGCUGCUUCUAGGGGGAAGAGCUCACGGCACAAGCUCAUCAGUGAGCACAGAAUCGUAAAACUGUAGAGUCGGAAGGGAUCCCUUGCGGCCAUCUAGCCCAACCCCCUGCUUGCAAUGCAGGAACCACAGCUCAAGAACCCCUGGCAGAUGGCCUGUUUUUAAAUCUUGAGGAUAAUUCCACAGCCACAGCUGGAUAAAGAACCAAAGUUGGCUUCUCUGCUCUCAUAGCGGCCAGACUUCCUGCAGUGGAAAGUUCCAGUUUAACUAUGCGGCCUCCAUGCUGGGAUUCUGCCCUAAGCGAUGCCAAGAGUGCCUCUGAGCGUAUCUAGAGUGUUGGAAUGAUCUCGGAAGAGGGGGAGGGAAUUGUCUAGCACUCCCUGGUGCUUGGGUUUCUUUCCCCUCCCCGACUGGCAUCCAGGGCUUACCUGGGAUAAAGGAUGGCGAGGAGGAGGCAUUCCAAGAUGCAGAGCCACCUGGUUGUGAGUGUGAAUCCGCUGGACAUCGUUGCCACAGGGACAGAUUCCACUUGCCUGCCCAUGGCUUCCAGGGAGAAGAGGACCCCUGCAGCUUGGAAGGAGGAAGAAGAUGUCUGAGCCACAGGAAAGGAGCAUCAUUCUAACCUCUGCCCCUCAACACAGGCUGGGUGGCCCUUUCACAGUUGAUUCAGCAUUGGGGGGGUGGACUAGAUGUCCCUUGGGGAUCCCUUCCAACUCUAAAAUCCCACGCCUGAAAUUUGCUGGAGGUUGUCAAGAAGAGAUGGGGUGAUAAUCCGCUAGAGCUUUUUCAGCUGUGAUCUCUGCAUUGCAGCGGGGUGGGCUAGAAGACCCUUGGGAAUCCCUUCCAACUCUAAAAUUUCACAGGGGGUUGGACUAGAUGAGCCUUGGGGGUCCCCUCCGACUCUCACAGCCCCAAGGGAGAGGGAGAGCCCCCACACACCCCAGGGGCAGCAUGUUGGGGAUGGGGAAGCCAGCUCACCUGAGAACCCGACGGCGCAGUGUUCCCUGUACCACAGGUUCCCUGUCAGUGCAGCCAGGAGGGUGUUGAGCGCCAGGUGGAAAAGCCCCCCCAGGAGGGCCAAGGCCAGGAGCAGGACCCCCGUCCGCAGGCUGCCCACCUCCUGCUCCACCCCGUGGCCCAGCCACAGGAGCGUGGCCAUGUUCAUGAGGAGGUGGGCGGGGCCCAGGUGGUGGAAGGGGGCCAGGAAGAGCCUCUGCCACUGGCCCCGGUCCAACACCGUCCUCACGCUCAGGCAGGCAGCCCCAGGGGGAUGGAGAGGGUGCCAGAAGAGGGCGAGGUUCAUGCCCACCAGGGCCAGGGUGGCCCAGGGCACCAUGGGUGGGGGCUGCCU